CAGGAAAAAACAGCAAAUUCUUCCAGAAAAAGCACCGUAUAUCAAUGCUGUCUGCAAAAAUCGCAGUAUGAUGCAAGUCAAGCAAUAACAACCAUAAUACCUGAACCAACCCUGGCUUCUCCUAUGUUGAUUCGGCCUUAAAUGAGUACGUGAUGUGGUGGGUAUGCUUCAGCACCAAGGGGAUAAAGGAGGUCCGGCGUGGUGCCCAUCAUGUCACUCAUUUGUGCGCCUUUCCAGCCUUAAGUGCUUUGUGUUGUGAUCGAAACGUCGUAGUUUUUUGUUAUUUUUUGUUAUUUUCUUUGAACCUAUCUCCGUGACUUUACCAAAAGACCCAAAGAAUAGUCUGUAAGGCUAUACAGGGGAUCUUUAUGUAUAUGCACUGUAUGUGUUUGUGUGUUCUUCUGAACAUUGGUGUAGUAGUGGGUGUAUUGCACUGUGAAGCUGGUGAUCGGAGUGAUUUUUGGCUCCUGCUGACAUCAGUCGAAAGCGGUGUCUGAUCCUGUGCUGGGCCCUGGGCUGUCAGAUGGCAAGGUUUUGUGCACAAUUUGGAGGAUGAGGGGUUGCAUAAGCUGCUGUGAAAUAUUCAGAAAAAAAAAGCUUGAAAACAAAUGUGUGAUUAUUGUUUUGCUCGACUUUGGCAAAUUGGGCGCUUUUGGCCUUUUUGUCCAGAGGUGUAAUUUAUCUUUACCAACACAAUCCGUCAGCCCUGCCUUGGACUCCCUUCCAUCGACUUGGCCUUAAAUGUGUAUCUGGUGUCAUGUAUAAAUAUCAGCAACUGCAGAGACGAAAGGCAUUCAGGCGUCCUCGCCACGCCAGUCACUUAUGCUCUGGCCUACAUAAUUGGUGAUCGCUGACUGAACUUGCUCCAAUCGUCUAUACGGUGGGUCUUUGUAUGGUACACAUCUCUCUUUCUGUCAUGCAAAACCCUCAUCAACGUAGGGUGCCUUAGCUUGGCUCUCAAUAUGUAAGCCAAAUCCACACAAUCAUAUAUAAUAAUUCUACAAAUCCCAAAAACAACGUGCGUUGUUAAUGAAAUGCCCCUAAAUUUGACACGGCACUUUUUGCGACCAUUCAGUGAAUCAAUUGGAGCGCUGCCGAGAUUUUAAUCAAUUUCACGAUUAGUCGAGAGACGCUGCCCUCUACUCUUACUCGCAGCUCACAUUGGCUGCGUUCACUUGUCGCUUGCUCACUCUCCUGCCGUGAUAUUAAUAACUCCUGUCAUUAGAGCCCUGUACCUCCCCCCCCCAACCAGAAAAUACUUAUCCACUCCACAGCACUUGGUGAGCAGAGAGCACGGAGCACCGUUAGACACAAGAUGGCGGCAGAUGAGUUCCCCGGAGCGGCAAGUCAGCGGGGGGUCGAUGGACCCGGGGGAACCGAAUAUCACGUGGGAGUUUACGGGUGGCGCAAGCGCUGCCUCUACCUGUUGGUGCUGCUGCUCACAGUUAUCCUGAUUGUCAACCUUGCGCUCACCAUGUGGAUCCUCCGCGUCAUGCACUUCAACCUGGAUGGGAUGGGCCAUCUCAGAAUGUCCGAGGAUGGCCUCCGUCUCGAGGGAGAAUCCGAAUUCCUGCUCCCCCUGUAUGCCAAGGAGAUACACUCACGCAAGGAGAGCCCACUGCUCAUGCAUUCAGCUCGGAACGUGACGGUGAACGCACGCAACUCGGAUGGGCACGUGACAGGCCGACUCACAGUGGGAGCGGAUGCGCUUCACUAUGAGGGCUCACGUUUCGAGAUCACCUCGCCCCAGGGCCGACCUCUGUUUGUGGCCUCUGAUGACGAGGUGGUGGUCGGGGCCGACCGCCUACGGGUUACCGGGGCCGAAGGAGCCAUCUUCGAGCACUCGGUACAGACACCGCAGAUCAGAGCGGAGGCCUUCAAAGAACUCAAGCUGGAGGCCCCGACGAGGUCUCUGACCAUGGACGCACCCAAGGGAGUUAGCAUCCGGGCCGAGGCGGGCGGGCUCGAGGCAAUGUGUCGAACGGACAUCACCUUGCAGUCCACAGAAGGCUCGGUGGUGCUCGACGCUGCACGUGUGCUUCUGCCGAAAUUGCCCGAGGGCACAAGGGGGUCAGGAGGGGCAGUGGGAGGUGCGGGGGGCCCCGUGUACGAGGUUUGUUCAUGCCCCAAUGGGAAGCUGUACCUGGCAGAGGCUGGGCCCCGCUCCACCUGCCUGGAGCAAAGUGGCAUCUGUCAGUAGCGCAAAAUGUGCUUGCGUGCACACACACACACACAUAAACCUGCAUACACAUGGACAAGCGCAUGCACACGGUAUAGACACGUAACAACAACUGCCUUUCACCGCGAAGUGGCGGUAACGUCACCACGGCGCUUGUGCCAUUUAAGGUGCACGUAGAUACAUACACAGGGAUGCACAGGAAUUCACAGAUGUGCACAAUUACAGAUGCGCACAGACAGCUGGAACACACAAACGCGCACAGAUGCAUGCACAGUAUAAACUUAUGCGCACACAUAUGCAGACAGAUGCAUAGACACAUUCAGAUGUGCACACAGUGAUACACACAGAUGAGCACAUUUUUAUCACACACAAAGGCAGAGAUGCACAUGCAGCCUUAUACUCAUUGUGUACACAGAGAUGCAUGCAAACAUGCAGAUAGAUAUGUGGGAAGACAUAGAUGCAUAGACACACAGAGAUGCAGAUACAAUUGGGUGCUCGAGUACACACAAAUGCAACAAACUUAGAGGUGGUGACACCACUACAGCACCUGCGUGAGGUUUAGUCUGCACACACUCAAGCACACCAUGCACAACCAUGCAUACACACUCAAGCACUAAUAUAUGGACUCGCACAUCCGCUCGUAAAUCUGUUUACGCAUAUAUGCUCACGUGCAUACAGGCAUAUACACAUACAAUGUGACACUGGUUCACACGCAAUCACAUUCGUUGAAUAGCAUACCCACUCAUGAAUACACAAGGGUGUACAUACGUACAUAUAUAGUGUUAUUAAAACAUUUUUUUAAAAAAGGGAACUAUUUUUUUGCUUAAAGGAAAAUAAAAGUUGACACUUUGACCAGCACACUUUCUGCAUUUAUAUUUAAAACUAUAUUAACAAAAAUCCCCAAUUUGUUCAGGAUUGACCGUUGUGGCAAUCACGAGUUUGCAAGUGUCUGUUAAAGGACAGCAUUACACGGGAAGGAUUCGGUGUGACUAGCGCCACGCACAACCAACAACCAUUAUCUCCCACGCAGAUAUUCUCAAGGCCCCAGGUAUUUAGUUUAGGCUGAGAUAACCUAGGGGAGAGACUCAUGCCCAGUUCACUUACCAACUGCAAAAUCUGCAUCAUGAUCAAGAAUUGAACCCAGGUUCAUCUGGGAUUGCAGUCUAUUGCACAAACCGCUAUGCCUCUGCUACUGCACAUAACAAAGAUCCCUAUUUAACCAUAGACUGUUGGAGCCAGUGCUGUUAGCGAGUACCUAUUAAGGUCACCAUAACAUGAAAAGGUGUGCGAGCCAGCACUCGUACAUGCCUGGCCACCUUUAUAUCUCGUUAUGAUGUUCAUACGCUGCACCAGAUGCAGUCAUUGUCGACCGAGUCAAGUUAAGGUAGGCCCAGACCAAAUUUGAUUCCUAUACCACGGUUCCUGAAAUCAAACUGGUAUGUCAGGAUGGUUGUGCAUUGCAUUUGAUACACACAUGACAUUUCAUUUACACGUACACAAACAUGCAUACAUGUAUAUACUGUAAUCUCAUUGACACACACACACACACAUGUACAUAGUCAUACACGCAUAAAUAUUUUACACUACCACAUGCACAAAUUGGUUAAUUCGCAUUCAGAUACGUACACAUAGUAUACACGUAACCCGCUUAUACUUAAUAACACGUACCCACACACACACAUACACGAGUCUUGUAAAACACGUGUGUUUGUACAUUGUGUCUUCCCGGUCGUCAUGGUGUUGUCGCUCUCGUCGCUGCUCUGUCAUCGCAAAUGUUCGAUCCCAGACGCAUUUCACCCGAUCCCCAGGGCCCUUGUAACGCUGCCUCGGAGAGGUGACCAGGUGGCUCGAGAAGCUUCUUAAUGGCCAUGUUGGAGCGCUAAGAUCAACACCUGCUUUCCUAGGCUCAAUGAAUGAAGCUGCAUAUCUCCCUCUUUGUCAGGUGGUUCCUAAUGGCUGUAUUGGAAGCGCUGAAGCAGCACAUUGGAGGUCCUUGGUUCAAUCUACAUGGCUAGAUGUCUGAGGUGUUCACAGUUAUCCGUAGUAGUGACAUCACAGGCAUCUGCAGUGGACAACCACUGUACUUCAUGCUUCUGUCAAAAACAGCCUUCAUGGGUCUACCACUGCUGGGUUGCACUCGCUUCAGCUAUGUGGAGGUGUGGUUCUCUCCAUGUCUCAUGUCAACUCUCAAGGAGACUCGAGGCUUCCCCUUGAGACUCCGGUUUUUCACAAUGUUGAGUGUCUCACGGCCUUGCAAUGGAUUCUCACAUGUUUUGUUUACCUGAAAUUAAUACUCAGUCCAAUUUAUUGCAGUGCCUCACUGGCGGCUGCUGAUGGUUCAGGUCGUAUGUAAGGGUCAGCUCAAAAGUUGUCUUUACAAAGAGCCUUUUCUGAGAGAGUCAGGAAAGUAAUAACUAUUAAAGGUUAUUUAAUUUACUAUGGGAGUGUUCACGAAGUAGUGCACAUUAGCGUAUUGCUACUAUGGAAACUCAUUUAGUAACACCCCCCCCAAAUUUUCUCAAAGUGUACUCGCCCUUGCAGUCACAUUUCUGUGUCUCAGUUUCUUGGUUUCCCUCAGUUUCUUGGGUUUUCCCCAAACUUUUUCGCUCAGUCUCAUAGAAUGUGUUGAACCCUCUGGGGUUGGUAAGUGUGAUGUAUCUUUCAAAUGAGCUGAGAGGCAGGGUUGACUGAAUUAAACUUACGACUCCCUGUUCCUAACAUGGCCAUUGAGUGCCCUGAGAGGCAGAGCCACCCUUGCUGACUCCACUCACUGUUAAUUCGUUUUAAAUUGGACAUGAACAUACAUUUUUUUUACACUAGACUGGAGAAUCAGUUUGUCCCUCCCAAGUGCUUGGUGUGUGUUGCCUCCCCCCAUCAUUGUUGCAAGAACAAACAAAAAAAUCUAUGCAAGCUGUUGAGUGUCGCAAUACAAAACCAAAUGUAUUUUAAAAUACUAGUAUUCCUGUUAUUAUUGCUGUUACUAUUAUAGUUACGGUUAGUCACUCAUAUGACAUUAUUUAUUAUGAUUUAAAGGCAAAGUAUCUCAUUGGGCAGAAUGGCCUUCUUGCCAUUCUUGGUCGGUGGUGAAAAUUCCACGACUGGCAGCAGGGAGUAUAAAGACGACAGCCACUGCUCCGUCAUCCCUGUUUAAAGCGGUGAAGCCUCUGAUACCAGAUCACUGAAUCAAUCCCUUGGGGAAUGAUGAUGGGGUUAAAUCAACAUUUGGUCAUCUCAAUUCAGGAUUUGAAGCCCUGAUGCUCAACUGUUAUCACAUUAUUACUCAUAAGAUUACAAGCUGUCGGUGUAUAAGGCUGCAAAUGUUAAGGUUUGUAGUACAGUGCUCAAAUGGGACCCUUUGGGACCCUCUGGCUCAAUUAAAAGUCAUAGCUUUGAGUCACAGGUUUAUACACAAGACUAUACUUCAUUGUGCACAUUCUGUUGUGCCAGAUUAAUAUGAACUCAAAAACAGUGCCAAUUUUCCCAUUUUUGAUAAUUAACAUUGGCACAUUUUCACCAAAAAACAUCUGACAAAUUUCUAUUCAGAUGGUAAUUGGGCCCUAAAUAUUACACAAGUCAAAGGGUAUCCUUGCUCACACAACCUUGAAGUAGUGCUCAUCAUCAUUGGCAGCCCUGAGCCUGUGGUAGAAAUUGCUAUGACAGGACAAUAGGAGAGCCAACUGCUGGCUUCGCAAAGUUAUAGUUACUGUCAAUCCCAGUAGGAAUAUGGGGUGAGUCAAGCACCAAGCAGGAUUUGAACACGGUUCCGAAUGAAGCGUUCUUACCAUUGCCGUAUGGGUGGUUGAAAUGCAGUAUAUAGGUACGAAUUUACAAACAGCAUCACACAGGGCUCAGUUUUACCAGACAGGGUUUUAAAGUUUAAAAGUGGGCAAAUUAUGUAAAUAAUAAGUCAUGUUUUUGACUGCUAAAAAGGGAUUAAAAAAAACAAUGGAUGUAGUAAAUAUGUAUUUUGAAAAGAUAUUGUAUAGAAGCCUUUGCUAAAAUAAUGCAUAUUAAAAACGUGGGGGAACCCCCAUGAAAAUGCCGGUUAUAUUUUGAAGAAUUAAAGUGUUGUGCAUUUGUGUCGCGUUUGUAUUGUCACAUGAACCCACACACUGUUGGAUAUUAAAACUGGUCACAUUAGUAGUCAUUCCCAAACUAAUAUCCAUCCCCUGUAGGGCUGUAGUUUACAGCUAAGAGGAAAUUGGUGAGCACAUCAAACUGGCACCCCAAUAAAACGAAGUCUUUGUA